AACGGCAAAAAUUUAUAAAAUAUUCCGUCCGUCGAGAUCAACCGGCACAGCUGCAGCUUGUGGGCAAGCCCUGCAAAAACCCCCCAAAAAACCUCCACAACUAUUCUGGAAUCCUCAUCAAUUCAUCAUGCUUAAGAGCAAGACCUUUGUCCGAAAAACUAGACAAGGAGCAAUUCGCAAGGAAGUCAGGGAGCACUAUCUGAGAGAUGAUAUAUAUUGCGGCGCGCCAUUUUGCAAAGUAUGUGACGUUUCCGGUGCUCGCUUGAGUGACUCUGCCUCCACACUUCUCAUUCUCGACACCAAUGUUGUACUUAAUCAAAUUGAUUUGUUGGAGAAUCCAGCGAUUGAUGAUGUGGUUGUGCUGUCGGUGGUGUUACAAGAGGUUAAGAAUAAGAAUAUUGGUAUAUAUAAUCGCCUUAGGGCUCUCUGCAGUAACUCUUCCAGGAAAUUCUUUGUUUUCUCCAAUGAACACCACAGGGAUACAUAUGUGAAAGAGAUGGCUGGUGAAACUCCAAAUGAUCGGAAUGACAGAGCAAUCCGAGUUGCAACACAUUGGUAUCAGAGUCACCUCGGUAAUGUUGUUCGUAUCUUACUACUCACAAAUGACCGGGAGAAUAAAAGGAAAGCAUUGGAGGAGGGAAUUUUGGCAGAUACAGUUGAAUCAUACGUGAAGACACUUGGCCAGCCAGAGUUGCUAGACCUGAUUGUUCAGCCUUCAUCUGAGGAUGUUAACAUGGAAGAUGUGGAGGAUCUGAGACCUUCAAAGAGAAAAGUCAUCUACACUGAGCACAAGCCCAUGUCAGAGAUUACUUCUGGCUUGCUUCGAGGGAUAUAUCAUCAAGGAAAACUUCGUGUUAACCGUUACAAUCCAUUUGAAGCGUACGUUGGAAGUGAAAGCAUUGGUGAUGAAAUAAUUAUCUAUGGGCGUGCAAAUAUGAAUCGAGCUUUUGAUGGGGAUGUUGUGGCUGUGGAACUUUUGCCUCAAGAUCAAUGGCAAGAGGAGGCAUCCAUAGCAAUAACUAAUGAAGAGGAUGAUGAGGAAGACGUUCAUCUACCCCCAAGUAGUUCCGAUGAUGCUCCUAGAGCCACAAAUCUUGUGCAAGGAUCAGCUGGGGUCUCAGGUUCUGUGCCAUCCCGUCCUUGUGGACGUGUUGUUGGUAUUAUAAAACGGAACUGGCAUUCAUAUUGUGGUUCGGUGGAGCCAAUGCCUAUGCCAGCAGGCAGUGGUGGUGUUGCCCAUGCUUUAUUUGUAUCUAAAGACCGUAGAAUUCCUAAAAUCCGUGUACAAACGCGUCAGCUGGGGAACCUUUUGGACAAGAGGAUCGUUGUUGCUGUUGAUAAAUGGGAUAUUUUGUCUCGAUACCCAUCUGGUCAUUAUGUGAGGACAAUAGGAGUAAUAGGGGACAGAGAUACUGAAAGUGAGGUUGUGCUGUUAGAGAAUGAUGUAGAAUUCAAACCAUUUUCCUCUCAAGUUUUAGCAUGCUUGCCAGCGUUGCCUUGGUCUGCGUCUAGUGAAGAUCUUGCCAAUCCUAUCAGGCAGGAUUUGCGACAACUCCGUGUAUUUAGUGUGGACCCUCCAGGAUGCAAGGAUAUUGAUGAUGCAUUGCACUGUACAGCUCUUCCUGAUGGAAAUUUUGAAGUGGGAGUUCAUAUUGCUGAUGUCACAAACUUUGUUCACUCUGGAACACCACUUGAUGAUGAGGCUGCAAAAAGGGGUACCUCAGUCUACCUUGUUGAGCGCCGAAUUGACAUGCUCCCUAAACCCCUAACAGAAGAUAUAUGUUCACUCCGAGCUGAUGUUGAGAGAUUAGCCUUCUCUGUGAUUUGGGAAAUGACUCCUCAAGCAGAGAUUAUUUCCACGAAGUACACAAAAAGUGCAAUAAAAUCAUGUGCAGCUUUGUCAUACGUUGAAGCUCAAGCAAGGAUGGAUGACAGUCGACUGGUGGAUCCAUUAACUACUGAUUUGCGAAAUAUGAAUGCUUUAGCGAAGAUCAUGAGGCAGAGACGUAUUGAUAGAGGGGCGCUUACUCUUGCUUCUGCUGAAGUCAAAUUUCAAAUUGAUACUGAAACUCAUGAUCCCCUUGAUAUUGGAAUGUAUCAAAUAAGAGAAGCAAAUCAAAUGGUUGAGGAGUUUAUGCUUGCAGCUAAUGUUUCAGUUGCUGAAAAAAUUCUCAAACAUUUUCCCCUGUGCUCAUUACUGAGACGACAUCCUACCCCUACAAAAGAGAUGCUUGAACCUUUAAUUCGAACAGCUUCAGCUGUUGGUCUCCAAUUGGAUGUGUCAUCCUCAAAAGCACUUGCUGAUUCGCUUGAUAGUGCUGUGGGUGGUGACCCUUACUUUAAUAAGCUGAUUCGUAUUCUGGCAACUAGAUGCAUGUCCCAGGCAGUCUACUUUUGUAGUGGAGAGCUCAGUCCUCCAGAAUUUUAUCACUAUGGUCUUGCGGCACCUCUGUACACUCAUUUCACCUCUCCCAUUAGAAGAUAUGCAGAUGUGAUUGUACACAGGUUGCUUGCUGCAUCCUUGGGAAUAUAUAGGCUUCCUGAUGUACUGCAGGACAAAGCUCAGCUUACAAGUGUUUCUGACAAUCUAAAUUAUCGGCAUAGGAAUGCACAAAUGGCUGGUCGGGCCUCAGUUGAGCUUCAUACUCUCAUAUAUUUCAGGAAUAGGCCGACAGAUACUGAGGCCAGAAUAGUGAAAAUACGAGCAAAUGGUUUCAUAGUUUUUGUGCCCAAGUACGGUAUUGAAGGGCCAGUUCAUUUGAGCAAGGAGGGAGAAUGGUUGGUUGAUGAACAGCAGCAGAGGGUUAGAAAAAGUGACAAUAGUGUUCACUAUGGCGUUCUUCAAACAGUGAAGAUUCAUAUGGAGGUUGUGGAGCCCCAACCCCACCGGCCGAAACUCCAACUAACCUUAAUUAACGAUACAGAUAUUACGAUAAUGUGAGAAAAAUGUAUGCUGAUUUGUUUUCCUUGCAGUAGAAUUAGCCGUGUACAGAGUUGUAGUUUUAGUCAUUCUUGGUCUGUUGUGCCGUGUUGUAGUUGUAAUGAUGCCGGAAUGCUCAUUUUUCCAUGGAGAGUAAUCUAAUUCUUUUCCAUUGUUUUCAUGGAAAUCCUGCAAAAAAUGAUUUUUCGUUUUUAUUCUAACAUUUUUCUUUCUGGA